AGGCUGGCGCCAGCAUGUCUGGGACUGGCGCGUUAGAUCAACACAGCUGGGCCGGGAUAGGACACACAGCUGGCUCAGGCCUGCAUUCCUCUACAAAACAGGAUUGUGAGAAAAGGGGAAAAUAAGACCCAAAUAGGAGCAGAACGGGACGUGCUUUGAUGUAAACUAAAACGGAGCAACAAUUUAAGUUGAUGAAAUGUAAUUUUCAUAAAGCUGUUUCCUCUCAGAAGAAAGUUUGACUGCAGCAGUAUAAGUGGCUGCACGGAGUGCACCUUGGUAUUCUCCUCGGCUCGAAUCGUUGUUCAUCCGACAGACAUUUGGCUAAAGAGAAGAACCAUAAACUAUGCAAACAUUAAUAUUCAGUCAUUAAAUCCACAUCCAAUGACCGAUCAUCAGAAUAACCUUUUUUUAUUUGUAUUACUAAUGUAGAAAAUAACCGGGCCUCCCACUGACCUUUUACCUAUAUUAUAUAAAUAUCCUAUUUUCAACUUUUGAAUGCACAUUGUGAGUGCUUAAACAAGCAUGUGCAUUGAUGGAAUACUCUUUAGACAAUAGACUAUCAUAAUAUCUGUCUAGAUAGUUUUGAAGAAGUUUGCUUAAGUGUUUUCAGAGUCUUGCCUCAGACAGACAUGCUGCCAAACGUCAUGAAGGAUUUACAGCAAUACAAUAAAAACAAGUCAUGCAUGAGUAUCUACGUGGAACAUGAUGACACAAAUACUUGUAUUUGCCUGGAAUUACAGCUCGUGAUAAAAGUAAAAGUGAGAUAGAAACGGUGGUCAAAUCUAGAUUUAAAACAUCAGUAUUCCCUUGCAGUGCUCUCAUAGUUCAGCAGCUUUUUGUAAAUGAGAGAUUCUUCAAAACGUGCAAUGUGUCCCACUUUGACAACUUCUUUCUGUCUAUUUCAGACAAAUAGCACCACCUGGGAGAGGGACUAAUUGAUUGACAAUCCCCUUCAGGCAUCCCAGCCCUAAUUUCCUCAUUCUUUCCAACCCUUCCUCAAAGGUGAUAUCAGCCAAUGAGAAUCGGCUUUCUCUUUUCACGGGCCAAUCGCAGCGCGAUGCGAGAAAGGGGCGGUCCGCGGGCGCGCAGCGUAUAAAGACCUAUUGGCGUCCGCCGUUGUCAGAGCACUGUAGCGUUUCAGGACAGCGAUAGAAGAAAACCUCACGAGGAGGAAAAGCUUCCGAAACUCUCCCUCGAUCAUCAAGCCGAGUCCUGUUGUUGUUGUUGUUAUUGUUUCUGUUUUUCAUCAUGAAAGCCAUCAGUCCCGUGCGCUCGGCGAGGAGCUGCUACAAGGCCGUGUGCUGCAUCUCGGAGCAGAGUCUCGCCAUCAGCCGGAAUAAACACUCGUGUCUGGAGGAGCCGGCGGGCGCCCUGUGCGACAUGAACGACUGCUACUCCAAGCUGAAGGAGCUGGUGCCGAGCAUCCCGCAGAACAAGUCGGUCAGCCAGGUGGAGAUCCUGCAGCACGUCAUCGACUACAUCUUCGACCUGCAGAUCGCGCUGGAGGCGGAGGACGCAGCCACGCCGGAGAUGGUGUUAUCGAUAAAGACCGCCGACCUUUCUCGCAAUUUCGCCAAAGAAGAAGGGCGGUUGUGCCAUUAGGAUGAAGUCAGAUCACGGUGCAGGGAAACACAUGUCUCCACUUCACUCCGGGCAAGAGGACAAGAGGGGCAGAAAGGGUGGGAUAGGUAUUUGGGAGAGAAAGAGAAGAAGGAGGAGGAGGGUUUAAAGAAGAAAAGACAGAAACAGUGGACUGUUUCCUCUGAGUGGGGAUCAACAGUGGUGCAUGAGCAAGAAAACCAAGACUCUUUUUUUUUUUUUUUUUUUGGCCCCUUGACAGACAAAUCAACACACCAAAGCAGAAGCCAGGACUGGAAAUUGAAAGCGACUGGCUUUGUAUACCCUCCUCCAAAACCCUGGAUCCCCUAUAGGCAGAAGUAGAAACAUUGGUACAUUGUUGUUUUUAUUUCCCUUACUUUGUGUUGCAUUCCAAGCCUAUUUUAAGUGGGUUGAACUUCUCGACCAACCAGAAUCCUCUCUACACCAAGUCUCGCAUCAUCUCUCAUAAAUAUCCUUGUAUAAAUUCCCUCCCAUCUAAUCUGAUUUCUAAUGAUCUGGAGACUGUUGCAGAUUUUUACGAAUGUGUACAUAUCUGCUGUGGGUAUGUGAGGUGUGAGUCAAUUUGGAUGUUAUUUUUUCUGAGUGGGAGUUUGGGUUUUCUUAGGUAUAAUCAGAACUCUAUACUAGAGUUAAUUGUAAAUGUUUGUAGGGAUUGUGUUAUUUCUACAGACAAUGUGCUGUGAGUUUCAUAAACUCUUAAUUAUAAAGUUUGCUUUCUAUGUAUGUUCUUAUGUAAUAAAAUAAAAAAAGAUAUGAAACAAA